AUGUUGAAAAAUAGCUUAGGAGAUCCUGGAAGCAGCAGUGCAUUAGAGCAAACAGGCUUUCCUUCAACUCCAGCAAGUAGGCGAAAACAGAAGAAAAAGAAAUUACUGGAUAAAAUCCACAUCAUGGAACAGAUUGAGUUACUCGUCCAUCGCCGAGGCCAGGCGAAAGGUAAGGUGACACGAAUGCUUAACACCAUAUACCCCGAUGGUAAUGAGGAGAUACAACAAUUAAGUGAAGCGCAAAUCCGGGUGUUCAUAAAAAAAUUGGAGGCAGCUCAAAAGGAGUACCUUACGAUACAUGAAAGCAUCCUCAGUUUGGUGUCAGCUGAAAACCGAGAAGGCCACAACCAACAUUAUUUGGAUUUUGACGAUCUACAUGACCAGGUCGCCAUUUUACUGGAGGAACAACUAGUUGCAAUGAAUACAGCAACACGAGCAAACGCCAGCCUUUCACCACUCAAUGCAUCCGCAUCACAUCAACCUCCAGUUCUAGUCCAUCAACCUUUGCGAAUACCGAUUCCUUCAUUCGACGGUCGAUAUGAAAGUUGGCCAAAAUUUAAGGCAAUGUUUAAAGAUCUAGUCGAUAAGACACCCGAUUCUCCAGCAGUAAAACUUUAUCAUCUAGAUAAGGCUUUGAUGGGUAGUGCAGCCGGUCUAAUUGACGCCAAAACCAUAAAUGAAGGAAAUUACGUUCGUGCUUGGGAAAUACUUGAGGAAAGGUAUGAAAAUAAACGCCACGCGAUUGACACCCACAUUCAUGCACUAUUGAAUCUCAAGAGCAUGGCUAAAGAAAACCAUACUGAACUUCGAGGUUUGAUGGAAGAAUGUACAAGACAUGUAGAAAGUCUAAAGUUUCUGGAACAAGAGUUCACGGGAGUAUCGGAACUAAUUGUCGUUCAUCUACUCGCCGCAUCACUAGACAAAGAAACCAGAAGACGAUGGGAAUGUACCGUAAAGCAUGGUGAUCUGCCCAACUAUAACCAAAUGUUAGAGUUCCUGAAGGAGCAGUGCUUUAUUUUGGAAAGAUGUGACAGCUUGAAUUCAAAACCAGCACAGAACCAACACAAACCAACAAAUAAAUCGAACCAAAAAACCUACAUUGUAACCGAUGGCGAAGGUGCUACAAAAAUGAAGUACAAAUGUGAUUUUUGUGGUAAACCCCAUCACAACUUUACGUGUUCUGAAUUCAAAACACUAUCAAUGCAACAGAGACUGGCUAAGGUCCGUGAACGCAAUAUGUGUUUUAAUUGUUUGAGAAAGGGUAAUCGAAGUAAGGAUUGCCCAUCGGAUAGAACCUGUUCGAAAUGCAAACGGCAUCAGCACUCUCUACUCCAUGCAGAAGAUAAGUCGAAGUCAAUGAUAGAGGAGCAAAAGGUAACUUCACAAUCAACCCCAACAGACAAGGUUCUAGUUCCGGAAUGCAAUUCACAAGAUGCAGUUAAUCUAACAUCCGCUAACUGCUGCAAUGCAAAUAUGCCAACCUUGCAAGUGUUACUCCUCACAGCAGUAGUGGAUAUAUUCGAUCAAGACAACAAAGUUCACCCAUGCAGAAUUUUAUUAGAUAGUGCAUCUCAAGUCAAUUUGAUCUCAAAGGCUAUGGUAAGGUCGUUGGGUUUAAAUCAGUUCCAUUCCAAUGUCACCGUGGCUGGAGUCAACAACACUAGAACUCAUGCUUCAACUGGUAGUGUGAUCCAUAUUCGUUCGAGGUAUUCUAGUUUCGAAGCCAAUAUCAAAUGUUUGGUAACCGAAAAUGUCACAGCGGAACUCCCAACGUCCACAAUAAACAUUCGUCAAUGGGAACUGCCUCCUGAAAUACAACUAGCUGAUCCUAGUUUUAAUCAUUCUGGUAAGGUGGAUUUGCUUCUUGGUAAUCAAUUAUUUUUGAAGUUACUGUUGCCUGGUGAAGUUCAGUUGGCAGAUAAUUUACCAAUACUACGUGAAACCCAAUUUGGCUGGGUUGUUGGUGGUGGGUGCGAUGCUAGUGUAAUAUCAGAAACAAUAGUUAAUUCUCACUCUGCCAUACUUAAAGAACUAAACCAAUCCGUGAAGCGAUUUUGGGAAGUUGAAGAAUUCGAGGGUGAUGUAAAGAUGUCUAGUGAAGAAACCGAAUGUGAACUUCACUUUCUAGACACACAUCGUCGAGAUACCACUGGAAGAUAUAUAGUAGAGCUACCUCUCAAAGAAUGUGUCUCUGAGUUAGGCAACUCCCGUUUUUUGGCACUGAAAAGAUUUUACGCUUUGGAGAGAAAACUCGAACAGCAACCUGAUUUAAAGGAGCAAUAUGUGAAUUUCAUGAAGGAGUACGAGGAGUUAGGUCACUGCAAAGAGAUAAAUGAAAAUAUGGAUGCAGGUGAUAUAAGAAAAUGGUACCUACCUCACCACGCCGUUUUACGUCCGUCGAAUACGACAACCAAAUGCCGUGUAGUAUUUGAUGCUUCCGCCAAGGUAGAUGGAAUGUCUCUUAAUGAUGCAAUGAAGGUAGGUGGGUUGGAUCAAAACUCCUUGAUUUCGAUCGUCCUACGUUUCCGAUUCCCACGGUACGUGUUAACGACUGAUGUAGCCAAAAUGUAUCGGCAAAUUUUAGUAGACAAAAAGCAUUCGCCCCUUCAGCGAGUGUUUUGGAGAACGGAAGUAACAAAUCCCGUGAGAGUGUUAGAGUUAACAACGGUUACUUAUGGUACCGCAUGUGCACCUUCCCUGGCCACGAGAGCGCUCCAGCAAUUAGCUAAAGAUGAGAGACACAGAUUCCCUACUGCGGCUAACAUAGUCGAAGAGGAUUUUUAUGUAGAUAACGCGUUGUUUGGAUUCGAUACAAUUUCGGACGCAAUAGAAGCUCAAUCGGAGUUGAUUUAG